GAAUGCAUAAGCUUAAAUCAUCUCAGAAGGACAAGGUCCGCCAGUUCAUGGCAUUUACUCAGGCUGGUGAGAGAACUGCCAUCCACUGCUUAGCGCAAAGGGAGUGGAAAUUGGGUGCCACGGACAGCUUCUUCCAGAACCCGGACUCGUUCCACAAGGACUCCAUGAGAACCUACGUGGACAAGAGCAGCUGUAUAACAGAGCCACAAGAUGAGAAUAAAAUUGGAAUUGGUGGAAUUCAACAGUUUUGUGAUGAUUUAAGCCUAGAUCCUGACAGUAUCACUGCUUUGGUUAUAACGUGGAAAUUCAGGGCUGCGACUCAAUGUGAAUUUAACAAAAAGGAAUUUGUAGAUGGCAUGACAGAGCUUGGGGGGUGCAACAGCGCAGAGAAGCUGAAAGCUCUUCUGCGACUGGAGCAGGAGCUUAAGGACACAGUGAAGUUCAAGGACUUUUACCAGCUCCCCUUCACCUUUGCUAGCCCGGGGCAGAAGGGGCUAGGUGUGUGCGCAGUGGGCGUUCUUACCUUCUGUCUCGGACAUCCUACGUUUUCGCCUCUAAGCAGCACAUCGAGAGGGUCCGACUGA